AUUCACGACACGCCUCUCCAAAGACGCAGUCCUACGCAAUAUGGAAACCUAAGUUACAUAUUCCUGAUGUGUGUGCGCGGUGUUUCCUGAUUUCCUUCAAGCUGGGACUCAGUCAGAAAUAUGAGUCAUUCAUGAAGGAAGUGCCGAGGAGUUGUUUGUGUGUGUUGUUUAUCUGUAGUGCCAUCCGGACAAACACAUGGAGUGAAUAACUUUUGAGCUUUUUAAAGACAGAAGAUGGAGAGCAAGGGAAGCUCCAGCACUCCCCCUCCUCCAGAACUGAAUGUAUAUGCUCCAGAUGAAGAGGCAGAUGGGGCUUGGGACAAACAGGACCCCCAGAUUCAUGCAGCUCAGCCUGAGGGCCCCUUCAAAGGAUUGGGAGGGACCCCCACUCCAAGCAGCACUAAACUCUGUGGAUACCUCAACAAGCAGGGCGGACCCCUCAAAACCUGGAAGUCCCGUUGGUUUGCAUAUGAGGAGAAGAGCUGUCAGCUGUUUUACUACCGCAUGGCACAUGAUAUUAAUUCUCUGGGUAAGGUGGAUCUGACUCGGGCCACAUUCAGUUACCCGCUGCGUGGAGAGGAGGGAACCUUUCAUAUACAGACCCCAGAACGCACAGUCAUUCUCAAGGCAGCUAACAGAGAUGCUCAGAUGUAUUGGUUGCAGCAGCUGCAGUUGAAACGUGCUCAGUUCAGGGACCAGCAGGCUGAACAUCAGUCCACACCAAGACCAGACAGCCUGACAACAGAAAGCACACCGCCGGCAAACAACUGUCCUGCUAACUUCUUGCCCAUGGUGAAGACGCCAUCUGGGCUGGUGGGUGAAGAAGCUGCUAGCCUGCCCGCACCAGGAUUAAACAACCCUCUCAACAUGUCAAUCAAACAUCCGCUAAUUGAGCUGCAAAAUACAAUGCACAGUUUCCGUAACCGGCAGUCCCAGGAAAUCCGACAAAGUGUCUUCCAUAUUGACGACCCAGGUGACACCCAAAAAACAACCUCACCGAAGACAUCCACCUUAGUAGUCCCUGCAACUACUUCAUAUCAAGCCCCAGAAUCUCCUGUUAAAGCUAAAUGUGAAGACCCGCACCAGAACAACAUUUCCACCAUAUCGCAAAACAGGAAGAGCGGCAAAGAAAGAUCCAGAUUUUUGGACCUUAAGGACACAUCUCAACUUCAGCAUGAAAAACUUUCCCUGGCUGAAGAGGUCAAAGCUCAGAAGGAGUUAGUGCUGCUGUUACAUAAAGUUCUGGAAGCGGCUCAGCUAGAGAAGCGCACCUGUGCUCAGUUUCUGGCUGCGGAGGGAGAGCAGGAGCGUAUGGAGCUUCUCAGACAUGGGGAACGGCGUGCGGCUGAACUACGAGUCCAGCUGGAGGCCCUACAACAAGAGAACGAGAACCUUCGGAGGGAUUUAACCCAGAGGGACGAGCAUGUUGCCGAACUGCAAAACAGCAUCCAGCUUCUGCUGCAGAAGAACCAAACCAAACAGGAAGUGAUUUUGAAACUGUCUGAGAAGUUGACAACCUGCGGGGAAGACCAGCAAUACACCAAUGGAUUGGAGUCAGAGACUUUCAGACAGAUGACAAUGGAGAACGAGCAACUGAAGGAUGAUCUGAAGGCAUAUAACAUCCAGAACCAGUACCUAAACUCUGAGAUCUACCAGCUGACGAUGCUUUGGAGAAAAAGUUCUGAACGGGAGAAAAGUCUUAUAGUAAAGUGUGCUGUUUUGGAGGCCAAUAACUGUCAGAUGGAAAGCAGAUACCUGGGAAUCCUCCAGAAGCUCCAGGAGAGUCAGGAACUGAACCCUGAACAGAGAGAAGCGGUCAACAAGAUGCUUAAAGAUGCGGUUCAAGCAGACCUGAACAAUGCCAUCAAACUAAACCCCAUCAGUGAUUAUGAUGAGUAUGGAUUUAGGAUCGCAGUAGACUAUAAAGUGGAGGAUCUGAAGCUGCUUGCUAAGAUCCAGGCCCUAGAGUUCAGGUCCCAAAACCUGCUGAACCAGGAGGAAUGUGACGGGCCUUUGCUGGCUCGUUGCGCUCAGCUCCUGUUCGGACGUCCUGAAGGCGAGCUUACUUCAUCGGCAGAGAUGAAGGGUCUGCUCCGGACGGGAUUACCACACGAGUACCGCGUGAGGGUGUGGCGCUUCAUGAUACAGACUAGGACCAAGUCAUUAAGAGAGCGCCAUCCCGACCGCUAUCACGAACUGUGUGAGAAAAGCAGAAGCUCGCCUCACCUGGUGCCCAGACAGAUUCAGCUGGACCUGGACCGCACGCUGACCAGCAAUAAACACUUUUCCCCACCGACAAGCCCCUUGAUUCAGAAGCUGGAGAGAGUCCUGCAGGCUUUCUCAUGGCACAACCCUACCAUCGGCUAUGUGCAGGGACUCAACAGACUUGCUGCCAUUGCUCUGCUGGUACUACAGGAGGAGGCCGAUGCUUUUUGGUGCCUGGUUGUCAUUGUGGAACACAUUAUGCCUCCAAACUACUUCACUAAAGACCUGGUUGGCUGUCAGGCUGAUCAGCGUGUACUAAAAGACCUCAUGUUAGAGAAACUGCCUCGACUCACGGCUCAUCUGGAAGCACUGAAAGUAGACAUAUCCCUCAUCACAGUUGAAUGGUUUCUGGUGUUGUUUGUUGAGAGUCUGCCCACCCGCAUACUGUUUAAAGUAUGGGACGCCUUACUGUACGAGGGCAGCAAGGUGAUAUUCCGAUAUGCCCUGGCUCUUUUCAAAUAUAGAGAGGAGGCCAUCUUAAAGAUUCAAGACAGUGUUGAAAUGUACCAGUAUCUUCGCAUCUUCCCCAACACCAUCGCAGACGGAAGGAAGCUGACCAGCAUUGCCUUCAACGACAUGAACCCUCUGCGCAUGAGGCUGAUCCAGAACCGGCGCGCAGCUCAUCUGGAACGUCUCCACGCUGAGAUUAAAGAGUUGGAGAAUUUACAGAAAGCCUACAAAGCGGAGCGCGUCCACUGCAAAGACAAAAAGCUGGAUUCCCUUGCCAGUGACGAUGAAGAGGAGGUAUAAGAUCAGGCCUGAACGUUCACUCAGAAACACUACAUAUAAAACAUCAUUUACUCACCCAGAUAUGUUACCAAAGCUGUACGAUCGGCUCUUGUAGGUAUCAAUUAUGCACCAUGAAAGUAUAUAUAUGACAUAUGCACUAUUCCAGAGCCAAACAUAGCAUGAGGAACAGACCAAACCAAGUCAUUAACUGCUAAAUCUUUUGAACUCAUCUUCUUUUUGCUGCUUUGAGUCAAAGAUAAGGCUAAUGCACAGAUGGCUUGAUCAAAUGAAACAUUUUUCUUUUCAUCAGUAAAUGGUGGAAUAAAGCUGUAUUUAUCUC